AUGGCUAGCACGCCCGACGUGCCGUUGCAGUCGCGCAUCAUCGACGACAAAUCGCCGAUUUGUAUACCAUUCAUACUCGAGCGGCUGGCCGCGCACCGCGCCGACCCCAGCCGCGCCGAGCGGCCCUUCUUCAUCGGCCUCAACGGCGUGCAGGGCGUCGGCAAGACGACGCUCGUCAAGGCCCUCGCCGAGACCCUGCAGGACCGCGAGCAGCUGCAGACGCUCGUCGUCAGCAUCGACGACUUCUACCUGCGCCACGCCGACCAGCUCGCCCUCGCCGCCGCGCACCCGGACAACGCCCUCGUGCAGUACCGCGGCGAGCCCGGCACCCACGACGUCGCGCUCCUAAAGACCUUCUUCGCCGCCCUCGCGGCCCAGCAGCCCGCCCACGUCCCCCAGUACGACAAGUCGCAGUUCUCCGGCCUGGGCGACCGCGUCCCCGAGUCACAGUGGACGCCCAUCAAUGGGCCGGGCCAGAAGCCCGUGCAGGUGGUCAUCUUUGAGGGCUGGUGCGUGGGCUUCCGGGCGACGUCUGAGGCGGCCAUCGAGGCCAAGUGGCGGGCGCCGAGCCGGACGCUGCACGGUCACAAGCUGGAGCACCUGUACUUUGUGAACGAGCAGCUGAAGGGCUAUGAUGUCGUCACGGAUCUACUAGAUGCGUUUAUAUAUCUUGACGCCGAGGAGACCGAGUAUGUUUACGACUGGCGCUUGCAACAGGAGGCAAUGUUGCGGCGAGAGAAGGGCACGGGCAUGACAGAUGAGCAGGUCAUCAAAUUCGUGGACGCAUAUUACCCUGCCUAUGAGUUGUUCUCCGAGGGUGUCAGGAAAGGCAUCUUCUCCGACCGACCAGGCAGUCAAUUACAUUUGAUAGUGGCUAAGGACAGAAGUGUGCAGCAGAAGAUCGUAAUAUGA